AUGCCUGCACAUCUAACCGAGUCUCCCGACCGAAAUGUCGCGGCUAUUGAGCCUUUAACAGGGAGUGAUAAUUAUGCAACUUGGAAGCAUCUUAUGACUUCCUACUUAAAGGCAAGACAAGUCUGGGAUGUCGUGUCCGGAGAUCUCCAACGCCCUAACUGCCUUUUUAAAUACGCAAAACCGAUUACGGCCGACAUUGUUCCACUGGUUGAUGAACGCCUUAUUGGAGCCCCAAGACAGAAGGCUAUCGAAGCUCGUCUAGAAGCUGAAGUCCAGGCUUUUGAGCGACAUCAGGAAUGGUCCAAACGUGAGGCUGAAGCCUAUCACACAAUCUUUCGAUAUCUUUCCGUCGAAAUCAGUGUUCAUGUUGCAGGGCUAGAAACAUCUCGAGAUCUCUGGAACGACCUUGAAGAGCGAUAUAGACGAAUGGAGCUAGCUACAUUCUGCGAACUUUUCGCCCAGCUCAAAGAAACGACUGGAUCUAGCUGCACUAGUAUACGUGAAUUCGUUGAUCGAGUCCGAUUGCUAGUACAUCGCUUAAAUGCGAUCAUGCCAGGGUCAAUUGGGGAUCACGCACACGUUGCAAUCCUCUUAACUCAGAUCGGACCGGAAUAUGCGCUGAUAGUUGAUGCCAUCCAAAAUGACAAGGAUCCGGCCAAUCCCGCCAUGAUUGGGAAUCGCCUUGCAAAUGCUGAACGGACAGUUUCAGCAAAGAAUUCUCCAACCCCUCCGCGCGGAGCACCGUCAGUUAACACAGUGAAGGCGUCUGUCAAGAAAUGCAAUUACUGCAAGAAACGAGGCCAUGAAGUCUCGAAAUGCUGGAAAAAGAACCCGCAUUUGCGCCCUAAGCGGGACAACGGUGUCAAAACAGAAAGGAGUGUUUCUGGCUCACCACAAAAUGAAUCACAUCAAGGCCAGGCAGAAGAACGGCAGGGCCCGCCGACUUCUUACAAGAGACCAAGGAUCAAUAUUGUGAGGGCGAGAGUGACGACUCUCUAUACCCACGCGCCGAAUCCCCGGGGGAAGAUCAACCGAACCCUGAUCCUCAAGAAUGUCUACUACGCUCCCCGAAUCGGGAUGAACUUGAUCAGCGUACCAAAGCUCUUGAGGGAUCGCUAUUCUAUGAUAGCGCACCCCCAGAACGUCUUUCUGCAACGCCGAGGGCGAACUAUAGGGGCUGCCUUCCAUACAGAAGAAGAUCUAUUGAUCUUGCGAUGCUAUGUGAGCAAGAGAUCCAGACCUCAGGUCCAACUGGCCAGGUCAUCAUCAUCUAAUAAUCAUGAUAAUUGUAUCGAAAUGGAUAUCGAUGAACCGCUAGAGUCAAGUGGUGCACCGAGCGCAGUGACCACCUCUGAACUCAACUGUGAAGCUCAGAUACUCGAUGAAGAUGCAAGCAGAGGAGUUGACCAGAUCCCUAAAGAAGCACUCUGGCAUGCUAGAUUAGGGCAUCUAAACAGAGGAGACCUAAGGACGGUCCUUUCUCAAACUGGCACUCCGUACCAACAACAGAAAAGCAACGCCACAGUGUCCGGCUUGUAUGUCGGGUAA